AUGCCGACCGAGCUCGCUCAUCAAAUCAUUGAUGACCUGCGAGUAUGGGACGUGCUCAAGCUACUAUGCUACGAUAAUGAUCGAGUGGAAGACUGCAUCAUGUCCCAUCCAAUCUGCAGAAGCAUGUUCGGCGCCGACCCAGAAACUCUCGCUAAGUGGAAAUACGCUGCCCAGCUCUACCAAGACAUAUUCAGGGCAGUGGGAAAGGGAUUUUUACGAGAUCAUUGGCGUGGAACAAACUAUCUGGCCACAAAUAUCCACUGUGUUGCGCCUCAGAAAUAUGGAGAGACUUAUAUCUUGAACUAUAUGAAGUACCGCAUUCAUGAUGAGCUCAAUAUUCAUUGGUGUAAAAUAGACCUGACUCGGUUCGGUGCUCCUGAUUACUCCAACGGUAUUGAAGAUAAAAAUCUCAAGACAUUCCACUCUUUUGAAGAGCUGAAGGAAUGUUGGCAUGACAUACAGAAAGCAAAAGCCAACUUGUUCCAGUUGAGAGCUUCAGAGCUUCGCUGGACCGCUGAUAUGUUGGAAGCAAAUCCGGAUAUCCUAAAGCGCACACUAGACCCGGCACAGGAAGUUCGGCCAAAUACUGCACACAUCGUGUCGAGGUUGCGGCAUGGUGCCGAUGCAAUCAUGCGGGCUUCGGCCGAGAAGUUCGUCUUUUCUGAACAUUUCUGUUAUGACUUCCUGGGAAUCAUUCCGUUCGACUCGGCCUUGGACCUACUGUUGCAUAUGAUGCAAAAGCAUGGUCUGAUAGCAGGUGAUCAGGUUGUGGCAAGCAACACAAUCGGUUUGACUGAUGGCAUUUCGCACCCAUCUUCUAUCAUCAAUUCGGUGGGAAUCAUUAUUGAUGGAAUGCCAAGAUUUUAUAUCUCGCCUCCGGAGACAGCAGAGCAACGAGCCAAUCCUGCGUGGAGGCCUACAGCCAACAAAAAUGGCGAUCUUCUUCGAACGGCGAAUACUCCGUGGUCCGAACCGUUUGGUGAGAACGAACGGGUAUCUUUAGAGGGGCCCUACUUCACUGCGUUCAAAUUUGGUGAUAAUAAAGGUUACUGGCGGCCAAAAUCAUUUCAAUGGGAUCCUCACAACCAGAUGGAGAAAGCAUGGCUCGUCAGCUUUGUCGAGGUCUAUCGGUACUUGAAGAGCUACGAUGGAUAG